AUGAAGCGGGUCGUACGGAGAAUGGGGCGCCAUUCGAGAACUCGGGCUCGCGGGCUGAGCGUGGACCCGCUUCUGACACUGCAACAGCUGGCACGCGAAGCCCACGUUCGGAUUCGUCACUCCCCUAGCCGUUUUCACGAACUCGAACGCAUCGUCGAAGCUCUUACAUUCUCUCCACAUGAGAUAAGCUAUGACGAGCGAAGUCGAGCGAGAAACUCCAUGACAACAGUGGACGAACACGCGUCCUCCCUGUUCUCGGACAUCCUCGAAAUAAUCAAAAACAUCGUACAGAAUGCUCGUGAUGUCCUCGGACGGGCAGUCCUGCAGCCAAAGGGUCUUGUACACAAGCUCGUUUUUGAAAUACUCGGGGCAGCUGAACCCAACGCAGUUCAGCACGUGGGUUAUCCCGCGAGCUUGUCCUUUCUGCACUCGAAUUCUCUAUCGGGAGCUGGGUUUUCACGGGGGGUGGAUGAGUGGGGUUUUGCACCAGGGGUAAGGGGGUUGGGCCAAACCCCGAGGUCGUCCGAGCCAGCUUUGGGCCAGUCCUCGAUGGUGGGCCGGAUUAUGGAGAGAGGCUGGAGUGGGGGUAAGCAAGCACGGGCUUUGCUGUUCCAUUGCGGGCCCGAACUGGAUUUUCGGCGUUCAGACCAUGAGACGGAUCUUGAGUAUGUUCUCCAAUUUUUGCCAGGUGAUGAUGCC